AAUAAUAAAAAUGACUUGAAUUUAGAAAUUCAAAUCUAAAGUUUUAGAAUAUUUUGAAUUUUUAUUUUUCAAAUCAAAACGAUAAUGUCGGUAUUGAUGAUUGCCGAGAAGCCUUCAUUGGCUCAAUCAUUGGCGCAGAUAUUAUCUAAUGGAAAUAUGACAACAAGAAAAAAUGCCGCUUGUCCAGUUCAUGAAUAUAAAGGCAUAUUUUAUGGACAAAAUGUUUUGUUCAAAUUUACAUCGGUUUGUGGCCAUGUUUAUACGGCUGAUUUUGAAAGACGUUUCAAGAAUUGGGAUACCAGUGAUCCGGUAGGAUUAUAUUCAGCCAAAAUUGUACGUGUCGAAGCUAAUCCGAAAAUGAAAUUGGUCAAUUUUCUACAGAAAGAGGCUCGUGGUUGUAGAUUUCUUGUCCUGUGGCUUGAUUGUGACAAAGAAGGUGAAAAUAUAUGCUUCGAAGUUAUUGAUACCAUUUCAGGUGUCAUGAACAUUUCAUUCCGAAAUCCUCAGACUGUUUUUCGAGCAUAUUUCAGUGCCAUCACACAAAAAGAUAUUCUAGAUGCAUUUAAUAAUCUUCGUCUACCAAACAAAUUGGAAGCUCUUUCUGUUACUGCUCGACAAGAACUUGAUUUAAUUGUUGGCUGCUCAUUUACACGUUAUCAGACUAGAUAUUUUCAAGGAAAAUAUGGUGAUCUUGAUAGUACGCUCGUAUCAUAUGGUCCGUGUCAGGUGCCAACUUUAGGAUUCUGUGUACAACGUCAUGAUGACAUUGAAUCAUUUAAACCACAACCAUAUUGGACAAUGUCGGCCGUUGUUGCACCUGUCAAUUUUUCUCGUGAAUACCUUACGAUGGAAUGGAUGGGUGAACCAGAAUUUAAUAAUGGAAAAAUUAAACAAAUUCAUAAUUCACUUAAAGAUGUUAGACGUGGAAAAAUUGUAUCGAUCAAAAAAACAACAAAAACAACUGGUAAACCAAAAGCAUUGAAUACGGUUGAAUUAUUGAAAGUGGCUAGCGCUAAACUUGGUAUUGGUCCACAUACAGCCAUGCAGAUUGCCGAACGCCUUUAUACUCAGGGUUACAUUAGUUAUCCUCGAACAGAAACAACAUUAUAUCCGAAAAAUUUUGAUUUUACCCACGUAUUAGAAUCACAAAGAUUUAAUAAUGUUUGGGGACCUGAUGUUCGUGAUUUAUUGAGCCAAGGAUUUUCACCACCUCGUUCUGGACAUGAUGCCGGUGAUCAUCCACCGAUUACGCCAAUGAAAGCGGCCACGCCAGCAGAACUUGGUGGUGAUGGUUGGCGUGUUUAUGAAUACAUUACACGUCAUUUUAUGGCUACACUAUCGACCGAUAUGAUUCAUGAUGUUGUCACUGUCAUAGCUGAAAUUGGAUCUCAAUCAUUUCGAACGUCGUGUUCGGAAUUAAAACAUCCUGGUUUUACAAAAUUUCUACCAAAAGGUUCGGCAUUGAAUGAAAAAUCUAUACCAUCACUAUUGAAGGAAAAUGAUGAAAUUCUGAUAUCAGAAAUAAAAAUCAACAAUCAUGUGACGCAGGCACCAAGUUAUCUAUCUGAAGCGGAAUUAAUUUCAUUGAUGGAAAAACAUGGUAUCGGCACAGAUGCAUCAAUACCGACACAUAUAAAUAAUAUUUGUCAAAGAAAUUAUGUAAAAAUUUCCAACGGACGACAAUUGAUACCGACAAAAUUGGGCAUACUUUUGGUACAUGGUUAUCGUAGGAUCGAUAAUGAUCUAGUAUCAUCGAAUAUUCGUUCAGACAUGGAAAAAGAAUUGAAUCAAAUAGCCAAAGGUUUAGCCGAUUUUGAAAUUGUAUUGCAGAAAAAUAUUGAUUAUUAUCGUGGAAAAUUUUUACGUUUCAUUGAAACAAUUCAUCUUAUGGAUGAACUUUUUUCCAAAAAUUUUACAUCUUUAGUUGAAACGGGUAAACCAUUUUCAAAAUGUGGAAAAUGUAAACGUUAUAUGAAAUUGAUAGAAACCAAACCAGAAAGAUUAGUAUGUGCCAUUUGUAAUGAAGCAUACAAUCUACCGGGCAAUGGAAGCAUUAAAACCUACAAAGAAGUACAAUGUCCCAUUGAUGAUUUUGAUCUGCUUUAUUUUAGUGGACAAAAAAAUUUUAUAUUCUGCCCCAAUUGCUACAAUAAUCCACCAUUUGAAGAUAUGGCCAAAUCAAUGGGUUGUUAUCGUUGUACAAAUGAUGAUUGUAGUUUUUCUAUGCAUCGAAAUACACUUGGUCCAUGUCAUGCAUGUAAUUACAGUGGCCAAUUAAUAUUGGAUCAAGGAUCUGGACCUAAUUGGAAAUUUCUUUGUAAUAAUUGUACAUUUUCGAUGACAUUAUUUAAAGGUGCAUCCAAAGUGGCUAUCGAUCGUCAACGAUGUCAAUCAUGUCAAUCAAAUUAUUUGAUGAUCAAAUAUCAAUCGGAAAAAUUACGAAAAGAAAGUGGUAUGACCGAUUUUCUUGGUUGUUUAUGGUGUUCACCUGAAUUACAUAACGUCGUUGAAGCUAUACAAAAUUAUUCACGAAGUUUUAAUCAAUCACAAAAUGGUGGCAGUGGUGGUGAUCGUGGCGGUUAUCCCCAUCAUUAUAAUGGACGAGGAGGUAGUGGCCGUGGUGGCAAUAAUAGUCGUGGUAGUCGAGGAAUAGGAAGAGGUGGACAUUCAUCUCGUGGUGGUGGUCGAGGAACAGGAAGAGGUGGAUAUUCAUCUCGUGGUGGUGGAAGAGGAUCUAGAGGUCGUAGUUUUCGUGGAAGAUAAGAUAAUAUUGAAAUGAAUACAUUAAUCAAUUCAUUUAUUUUAUUUAUCCAUCAAAAAAAUUUUUUUUUUUUUCAUUUGU